GUUCUCAUAACACUUCUAACAGGAGUAGAAGCUUGAAGAACAGUCAAUGGCGUCCGAAGAUCAUAAUCACAGCCAUGAACAGUAUCACGAUCACAAUCAUCACCACCAUCAUCAUACCCAUGAAGCUCAAGAUGCUUCUUCAAAAACGACAUCAUGGGUAGAUGCUGAUGGGAGAAUUUACCAUAGCCAUGAUGGGUUGGCACCACAUUCACAUGAACCCAUAUACUCACCUGGGUUUUUUAGCAGAAGAGCUCCUCCACUUACCAACAGAGAUUUCAAUGAACGAGCUUUUACUGUUGGUAUUGGCGGGCCCGUUGGGACUGGAAAAACAGCUUUAAUGCUGCAAUUAUGCAAGUUCUUGCGUGACAAGUACAGUCUUGCCGCAGUGACCAAUGAUAUAUUUACAAAAGAGGAUGGAGAGUUUCUCAUAAAGCACGGUGCACUUCCAGAGGAAAGAAUACGUGCUGUAGAAACUGGAGGCUGUCCACAUGCUGCAAUCAGGGAAGACAUCAGUAUUAACCUAGGUCCUCUUGAGGAGCUUUCUAACUUGUAUAAAACAGACCUACUUCUUUGUGAAUCUGGAGGAGAUAAUUUAGCUGCUAACUUCAGCAGGGAGUUGGCUGACUAUAUCAUAUACAUAAUAGAUGUCUCUGGUGGUGAUAAAAUACCUCGAAAAGGUGGUCCAGGCAUUACUCAAGCUGACCUCCUAGUAAUAAACAAGACUGACAUUGCACCAGCAGUUGGAGCUGACUUGGCAGUCAUGGAACGUGAUGCACUGCGGAUGCGGGAUGGUGGACCCUUUGUCUUUGCUCAGAUGGACCAAAUUACAGCAAUUGGAACCAUCUUCCAGACAUUCUUUUUCUUGCUCAAACCCAUAAGCUGCCAGCAACACAAUAGCUCUUUUACUGACCUCGGCAUCACCCAGCAUACCUUCAAGGAGCUGAGGAAAUGGUUCCACAACUGAGCAGAAUACGGACAAUGGAUACACAAAUGAUCAGUAGAUUCAGCACUGCUCCCACAUAGACUGCAAGACAAGUCCGAAACCUGAUCCUUCUAUUGUUGGUUAAACUGUGUAUUCGUAAUUUUUAUAUAAGACACAAGGGUAUUUUAUUCCUUUUGUUUAGCAUUUCUUGUCCUUAAAAUCUUAUACACUGAUCUAGUAAACUUGGUGACAAAUCUUUCCAUGCAUUGCCACAUAUUGGGACACAUCCAGUUUUACUGCCAUUCUUGUUUUCGUUUUUUUCUCAGAGCUUCUUUAAUUUCAAUUGUCAGAUUGCCAAUCUUAGGAGUUUGAACCACUUUGAAUGGGUUUUAUAUGUAAGAAAACACUGAAAGAAAAUUUAGAGUUCCACAUGCUUUUGUCCAUAGACAACUA